AUGGGAUACUUAAAGCUCUUGAUGGUGGAGAAUUUCAAAUCAUGGCGGGGACAACAAUGCAUUGGCCCAUUCAAGAAAUUCACUUGUGUCAUUGGUCCUAAUGGUUCAGGAAAGUCAAAUGUAAUGGAUGCCCUUAGCUUUGUAAUGGGUGAAAAAACAUCUAAUUUAAGAGUGAGACACAUUCAGGAACUUAUUCAUGGGGCACAUGUUGGAAAGCCAGUUUCUUCAACUGGAAGUGUAGCGAUGGUGUACUGUGAGGAAAAUGGGGAAGAGAAAACAUUUUCAAGAAUUAUUCGAGGUAAUGGCUCUGAAUUUCUUUUCAAUGGCACUACUGUCAGUCGAUCUGUAUAUACAAAAGAACUUAAAGAAAUUGGCAUAAUUGCUAGAGCACGGAAUUGCCUGGUUUUUCAGGGUGAAGUUGAAUCAAUUGCAAUGAAGAAACCGAAGGAAAGAACUCAGCUAUUGGAACAAAUUAGUAAUUCAGGAGAGCUUGUGACUGAAUAUGAAGAAAAGAAAAAGGUUAUGCAAAAAGCAGAAGAAGAUGCUCAGUUCAGUUACAGUAAGAAGAAGAAUGUGGCAGCUGAGCGCAAGCGUGCAAAGUUAGAGAAGGAUGAGGCAGAGCGUUACCAGAUGCUUUUUGAAGAACUGAGAGAGUGCAAGGGCCAGCUGCAGCUUUUCCAGCUGUAUCACAAUGAACAAAAAAUUAGCUUUUUCAAGAAUAAAUUGGCUGCAAAAGCCACGAACAUUGAAACUAAGAAAAUAGCUAUUGCUAAUGCUGAAGAUAUAGUAAAAGCGAAGAAAAAGGGGCUUGGAAUUUUAAACAGAGACCAGCAGGGUAUUGAAAAGGAAAUUAAAUCUCUGGAAGUUUUGCUGAAUCAAAAGAAAUCUCGGUAUAUAAAAGCAAAAGAGAGAACCUCUCACCAAAUUAAAAAAGUAGACAUGGCUAAGAAAGUCUUAAAAGACCAUAUGAAACAACAAGGUAAGCAAGAAGAAAGCAAAAAAGAACUGGAGGGAGAGCUGAUAGAUAUUGAUAAAGCAUGGAGAGCAUUUGAAAAAAAGGUUGAAGAGGAGACGUUUCAGCGGGAGACAGAUGUUCUGCUGGGAGAAAGUCAGCUAAGUAGAUAUAAAGAGCUGAAAGAAUUAGUGAGAAAAAGAGUAGCAAUGUUGAUUCAACAGCAGGAAAAAUUGCAGUGGGAACAAAAGGCAGAUGAAGAGAAGAUGUCAUUUGUUAAGCGAAGACAGAAAGAAAUUGAGAAGGAGUUUCUACACAGUUUCUGUCUUGCCUUCUUACAGAAGCUACAGGAUUAUAGCAGCACAUGCAUUAAAUCUUUUUUGGAGAAGAAACAUGAAGAAGAAUUGCUAACAAAUGAAGUAGAACAAGCAAAAAUACGAAUGGCCGAAGUAAACGAGGAACUUAAUAAAAUAGUCAGUGAUCUGCAGAAUGCUAAAAUUGAUGUCUAUGAGGGGAAACGUCAGCAGAUGAGAGCGGAGACCCUGGAGAGCCUCAGAAGGCUUUAUCCUGAUUACGUGUUUGGAAGGCUGGUUGAUUUGUGUCAUCCUAUCCAUAAAAAAUACCAACUUGCAGUCACCAAACUUUUUGGCAAGUACAUGAAUGCAAUUAUUGUUGCUUCAGAAAAAGUAGCUAGAAAUUGUAUCCGUUUCCUUAAGGAAGAGAGAGCUGAGCCAGAAACAUUCCUUCCUUUGGAUUACCUUGAGGUAGAACCACUCAAUGAACAGUUAAGAGAAAUAAAAGGAACUAAAAUGAUGAUUGAUGUCAUACAGACAUCUUUUUCUCCCCUGAAGAAAGUAAUUCAGUUUGUUUGUGGGAAUGGUCUGAUUUGCGAAACUGUAAAGGAAGCAAGACAGAUAGCCUUUGAUGGACCACGGCGACUGAAAACUGUGGCUCUUGAUGGAACUUUAUUUUUGAAAUCUGGACUAAUCUCUGGAGGGUCAAGUUAUUUGAAAAUGAAGGCUAGAUAUUGGGAUGAAAAAGAAAUAAAUGAGCUUAAAGUGAGAAGAGAAAAUCUGAUGAAUGAACUAAAGGACUUGAUGAAAAUCCGGCGCAAGGAAGCUGACUUAAAGCAAUUACAGGCUCUGUGUCAAGGACUUCAAACACGACAGAAAUAUUCACAGAGUGAGCUGGAAUUUAUUGAGAAGAAACGUCUUUCCAGUUUCUCCCAGGAGAAAUCUAAGAUGGAAAGUGAAUUGGUAAAUAUUCAGUCACAGCAUGAGAUGCUGAAUGAAGGAGUUUUGCAAAGAGCAAGAAAAAUUGAUGAGCUCCAAAAGAAAAUUAAUGAGGUAGAAGACAAUGUUUUCCUUGAAUUCUGUGAAGAGAUUGGUGUAGAAAAUAUUCGUGUCUAUGAAAAAGAACAUGUGCAACAGCAGGAAGAAAUUGACAAGAAGAGACUUGAAUUUGAAAACCAGAAGACACGACUAGUUGUUCAGCUUGAAUAUAUAUCUAGCCAUCUAGCAAAGGAGGUCAACAAGACAAAUAUGCUGAAAGAGACUAUUUACAAAGAUGACACUGAGAUUGUCCACUUAAAAAAGGAAGAGAAGAAUUUUUUACAAAUGGUAGAUGAAGUUGUAGCAGAACUACAGCAGCUUAGAGAAAGGCAGAAUGUUAAGAAAGUUGAGGUUUCAGAAGCUCAGAGUCAAGUGGAGGAAUCAAGGAAGAUACUGCUAACUCUGAAUAGAGACAUGGGAAAGUUACAAAAGGAAGCUGCAGCAAUUGAGGCCUUGCUGGAAGAGAAAAAAUUAGAAAGGCACAAUAGGCUUCUUGAAUGCAAGCUCUGCAACUUAAAGAUAAACCUUCUUGAGGGAUUUCUGGAUGACAUCAGUGAAACAGAGCUGGGAACUGGUACUGAAAGUACUGAAGCGACAACUGAUAUCUUUGAAAGAGAGCAGGCAAUUUGUAUAGAUUAUAGGAGUCUUACAGAUGAGCUGAAGGACUUGCAGUCUGAUAAAGAGAUUGAGACCCACCUAGCACGACUUCAGCAAGAAGUAACAGCUAAAGAAAGUGCUUUAUUAAAAACAGCAGCACCGAACAUGAAGGCCUUGGAGAGACUAUAUAUUGUUACAGACAGAUUCCAAGAAUCAGCCAAUGCAUUUGAGGCCCACAGGAAGGAAGCCAAGUUAUGUAGGCAAGAAUUUGAACAAGUGAAAAAAAGGAGAUAUGACCUGUUCAGCCAAUGUUUUGAGCAUGUGUCUGUAGCUAUUGAUCAGAUCUACAAGAAAUUGUGCAGAAACAACGGUGCUCAGGCAUUCCUUAGUCCAGAGAAUCCUGAAGAACCUUACUUGGAAGGCAUUAUCUAUAACUGUGUAGCUCCGGGAAAACGAUUUAUGCCAAUGGACAACCUGUCAGGAGGUGAAAAAUCUGUAGCAGCUUUGGCUCUUCUGUUUGCAGUGCACAGCUUUAGACCUGCCCCCUUUUUCGUUUUGGAUGAAGUGGAUGCAGCUCUAGAUAACACAAACAUUAGCAAGGUAUCGAGUUACAUCAAGCAACAGUCCCACGAAAAGUUUCAGAUCGUAGUGAUUUCUCUAAAGGAAGAAUUUUAUUCUAAAGCAGAUGCUUUAAUUGGAGUUUGUCCUCAGGAAGAUGGUUUUAUGUUCAGUCAAGUACUAACCUUGGACCUUACUCUGUAUCUUGACUCAAAUGAAAAUGAAGGACAACUGAAACGCAAAAAGAGCUCCGUGUUAAAAUAG